UUGUUCUCCUCUGAGUCCUCUCCCAUUCAGCAAAACUCACCUGACCAACAGAACCACAAAAGGAGACAAACAACCCAGAGGCCAACGUAACUGCAAGAGAGGAGUGGCAGCAAACAGAGACAGCUUUCAAGUCACCACUGCAAAAGGGAAAGAAGGUUCAUUUGAAGGAACAACAAAGAACAAACCUGCUGUCCACCAUGGUGUCUGCUGGGUUUCAAAUACUGGGCUCAGCUCUGGGGAUCCUGGGCUGGAUUGGCGCCAUCAUCGUGUGCGCCCUUCCCAUGUGGAAGGUCACUGCUUUUAUUGGCAGCAGCAUCGUCACUUCGCAGAUCACCUGGGAAGGAAUUUGGAUGAGCUGUGUGGUCCAGAGUACAGGCCAGAUGCAGUGUAAGGUGUAUGACUCAAUGCUGGCCCUCUCCUCUGACCUCCAGGCUGCCAGGGCCCUGACCAUCAUCUCCAUCGUGGUGGGCAUCAUGGCUAUCCUGCUGUCUGUAGCCGGGGGUCAGUGCACCAACUGUGUGGAGGAUCCGUCAUCCAAGGCCAAGGUGGGCGUUGCAUCUGGGGUAAUGUUCAUUGCAGCUGGGAUCCUCUGCCUCGUCCCCGUCUGCUGGACGGCCCACACCAUCAUCCGAAACUUCUACAGCCCACUGACUAACAGCGCCCAGAAGAGAGAACUGGGCGCUGCGCUCUACAUCGGAUGGGGGGCAGCUGCUCUGAUGCUGAUCGGAGGGGGGAUGCUCUGCUUCAACUGCCCCAAUAAGGAUGAAGGGUCCUACACUGCAAGGUACAAAGCUGCCAGGUCCGAGGCCUCAGCACCAGCAUCCGGGAAAGACUAUGUGUGAAACUAGAGAUCAGUAUAUGGCUUCCACAAAGCACUGUUUACCGGAACAGAUGCACUGGUGCUACUGAGUGUUGAUAAUUCAGUAUUUCGCCUGAUCAAAAAGUUACUCCUCCUGAGUGUUUGAAGGAAAUGGAUAGCAGGACAGGAACCGCACGCAAAGAGGAAAUCCAAUUCAAUAUGUUAACACAUUUAUUAGUAUGUGUAUGGCUGUUAAUAUGACUGUUAGUAAAUUCAAAGUCUUUUCUUAUUAGUAUACACACUCUAUAACCUCAGUCUUAUUUUGAAAAUCUUCUCUUUUUGCCAUGUAUAUGUGGGUUGUUUUUAUAAACCAUGUCUAUGAGAUUCACGAUGGGCUGGUUAAACUGUAAAUAAAUAUUUGUUUACAAAAUUGA